GAUGCUGGAACUCUAUAAAUGUAAACAAACAGUAAAAUGAUCCUUAAUGACGAAAAAAACCUAUAAAGUGCUGUCUCUUCCCGACUUCUUCCUUCCCACCAUUUCUGCAACUACUUACACAUUGAUCUCUCCAAUUUCUCUCUCUUCAACCCUAUUCUUGUUGGUUUCUUGAAUUAUAAUUGAAGUUUUUAUCGUAUGAUUAUAACAUAUUGAAAGAAAUGAAAUGUAAACAGGUCACGACGUCUCGUUCUUCAAAGACCCAACCAGAGCUGUUUUGGCCAAGAAUUGUAGUUCGUAAAUGGUUGAAUAUCAACCAUAAGGAAUCUGAUUUCGGUGCUGACACUGAAUCUGAUGGGGAUAGUGAUGAUACUGACUCUGAUUCUGCUUCUGAUACCGAAGUUCUUGUUUGUGUGACAGAAUCCGCAGUGUGUAGGAGAAAGUAUAGAGGGAGGAACACAGUUAUUGAUCCCAGCAAUGAUGCUCUUCCAAUAUUAAGGAGACGAAAAUCAGAAACCUUAAGGAAACAUUAUAUCAGCACCAAGGAAUUCAGAAUAUGCGUCGGUACGUGGAAUGUUGGAGGAAAACUUCCACCUGACGACCUAGAUAUUGAUGACUGGAUUGAUAUCAAUGACCCUGCUGACAUCUAUGUUUUCGGUCUUCAGGAAAUUGUACCAUUGAAUGCUGGGAACAUAUUUGGUGCUGAAGAUAACCGUCCGGUUCCUAAGUGGGAAAAUAUUAUCCGUGAUACAUUAAAUAGAAUUCGACCUAGAAGGUCUAAGGUUAAAUGCUAUAGUGAUCCUUUAUCUCCAUCAAAGUUUAAGCCGUCUGAUGACAUGCCAGAUAUUGAAGAGGAGAUAUUAUAUGAGAGUGACAGCGAAAUUGGAGAAGAAAUUAUUCCAUUGGAUGAUGAACUCGACUGUUUUGAUGAAGUUGAUAAUAGUUAUAAAUUAGGUAUCCCUAUAAUAGUUGAAGCAGCCGCAAGUCAAUUAACCAAAUUACUUAGUAGUACUGAAAGGAGAAUCGGUUUGACCUGGCCAGAGCCCCCAUUAGACUUGCUAUCUCGGCAUGUUUUACAGAGACAAGCUUCAGUGAAAUCUGUUAAAGAAACGAAGUCUCUGAAAGUAAGCAAGUCCUUCGGAGGAUAUAAUUCUUUGAAGUUGGUCUCAGAUGAUGUGCAAUCAGGAUUAGCAUUUCUUGCUGAACUUGACCUUGAAGCUCUUAUGAAACGGAAAGGAAAAUCAUCGUAUGUGCGGAUAAUAAGCAAGCAGAUGGUAGGGAUUUUUCUCUCAAUUUGGGUUCGUAGAAGCUUGCGUAAGCAUAUCCACAACUUAAAGGUCUCUACCGUUGGUGUUGGUGUCAUGGGCUACAUUGGUAACAAGGGAGCAGUAUCAGUCAGUAUGUCUAUAUAUCAGACUCCUUUCUGUUUCAUAUGCACUCAUCUGACAUCAGGUGAAAAAGAUGGGGAUGAACUUAAGAGAAAUUGUGUUGUGCAUGAAAUACAUAAAAGAACUCAAUUUCAUAAGCUUUCUGCUAUUGGUCUUCCAAAAGGCAUCUUUGAUCACGAAAGAAUUAUUUGGCUGGGUGAUUUGAACUACCGAAUCAACUUGUCUUAUGCGAAAACAUGCGAAAUGAUCUCCCGAAAGCAGUGGUCCAAGUUAGUGGAGAGAGAUCAGCUUGUAAGAGAAUUAAGAAAAGGCCGCGCAUUUGAUGGAUGGACUGAAGGUCUACUGAAUUUUCCACCAACAUAUAAGUAUGAGAUGAAUUCAAACAAAUAUUGUGGAUCGGAUCCAAAGGCGGGGAGGCGUGUUCCAGCAUGGUGUGAUCGAAUUCUUUCAUAUGGAAAGGGAAUGAAGCUCCUGAAUUACAGGAGAACAGAGCUCAAACUUUCAGACCACCGACCUGUGACAGCCACAUAUAUGGCUGAAGCUGAAGUCUUCUCUCCAAAGAAGCUACAACGGGCACUCGCGUACACGGAUGCAGAGAUUCAAAAUGAGGAAGUUGUGGAAGCAAGCAUAGCUGUGGGAAUGAGUCGCUUGAAAUUGAAGCAGGCUUUUCGAUCCGAAGCAGGAUUUCUGUCCGUGGGAGCGAUAAGAGAGUAAAGAUGGAAGCAGCCAAGAGUAAGAAACUCAUAAUUCUCUUAUAUAAUAACUAUCAACUUAGAUUCAUUCAUAUGAUUUUGCUACCUUCUUUGACCAAUAUUUUGUAAAUUCCAGUUUUGUAUUAGAGUGUCCCUGGUAGGGCAGGUUUUACCUGUAGAACUCAUAAAAAGAGUUUAGAUAGAAAAUAUGGAGAGUUAUACUUGUAUGUAAUGUAAUAUAUGUAUAUAGAGAUCAAUCCCCCUGAUAUGGGCAGUUUAUUAUCAAUUACAAUCAAAUCUUUUAUUUUUUGCAA